GCCCCGCACCAGCUGCCCGGCUCUUCUUUACUGGUGUUGUUCAUUGUUGUCUCUUCCUGUUCGCCGUUGCUUGGUUGUUCCGAAGCACGUUGGCCAUGAAAUACCUCAGAGAGACAGACCAUCUGCACCGUGUGCCGGCACACUGACACGGGACUGAUGUGGCAUGGCAGCGUCGGAGGACAUUGUGAGCUCCUGGAGCUGUAAGCAGGUGGCCCGGUGGCUACAGGAUGAAGGUUUCGGGGAGUACGUGGAGUUAUUGUGCGACCAGCACCGCCUGGACGGCCCCAGCCUGCUGGCCCUGACCGAGGCCGACCUGCGCGGGCCUCCGCUGGGCCUCUCCGUGCUCGGAGACAUCAAGAGGCUGAUCAUCGCGCUCUGCCGGCUCCAGAGGCGGAACCAGACCCGACUGGAGGAGCUGGGUCUCCGGCCCGCAGACAGCCUCCCGGGCGGGCUCCCGCCGAGUGGCGAGUGGAACCGCGACGCGGCCGACGGGACGUGCAACGGAAGGGACCGCUCGAGUAACGGGAGUGAGCUGAGGCUGAGGAGCGGAGACAGAUCUGCGUUCGAUUCUGUGUGUCACGCGCACUCCAACGGGAGGUACAGGCAGCAAGUGCCUGGCAGACUGGACCCAGAGGUGUGGAAGACAAUCAUCAGUUCCAUCUAUGUCUUUUUUGUGUUUGGAUUCACUUCUUUCGUCAUGGUCAUUGUACAUGAGCGUGUCCCGGACAUGAGGACCUACCCGCCGCUGCCUGACAUAUUUCUGGACAGUGUUCCCAGAAUCCCUUGGGCUUUUGCCAUGGCUGAGGCAUGUGGCCUCAUCCUGUGUUACAUGGGCCUGCUGGUCCUGCUCCUCCACAAACACCGGUCCAUUAUCUUCAGACGGUUGUGCUCUUUGAUGGGAACCGUGUUCCUGCUGCGUUGUUGUACCAUGUUUGUCACCUCGCUCUCUGUUCCUGGGCAGCACCUGAAGUGUGCCAGCAAGUCGUACGGGGAUUCCUGGGGAAAGAUCCAGAGGGCGCUGCUGAUCUGGAGUGGAGGUGGAAUGACGCUGACCGGCGUCCAAACGUGUGGAGACUACAUGUUCAGUGGACACACCGUCGUCAUCACAUUGCUCAACUUUUUUGUGACUGAAUACACACCACGCACCUGGAAUCUGAUUCACACCAUCUCCUGGGUGUUAAACCUGUUUGGAAUUUUCUUCAUCCUGGCGGCUCACGAGCACUACUCCAUCGACGUGUUCAUCGCCUUCUACAUCACCACUCGCCUCUUCCUCUACUACCACACGUUGGCCAACACCCGGGCCUUCCAGCAGAGCCGCAGGGCGCGCAUCUGGUUCCCCAUGUUCUCCUUCUUUGAGUGCAACGUGAACGGACCUGUCCCCAACCAGUAUCACUGGCCCUUAAGCAGACCCGCAUUCAUGAGAACUCUGGUUGGAUAGAGAUCCUUGCAAUGUGCAUGCACUAUAAUACUAACGGCUGAAUGAGAAACUACUACAGAUGCUGCUUCUUAUCUUUGUAUGGUUAUGAAUGUGUUCUCUGGGCUUUUUUUUAACCUUGUUUGUUUCCAUGGAUGAUUUAUUUUCUCAUGAAAUGAGUGAGAUGACAAAGGGAAUGAGUUUACUUCCCAAAACAAUUCCUUUGAGUUGAAUUGCACAGUACUACCAGGUGACAGCAGAAAUGGGGAGGGGGGGGGGGGGGUCUUAUGGGUUCCAGGUGUGGAUCAUUUCUUUGGAGAUUUAUUUGCCACUUAGUUGGUCAUGUUUUAUUUUGGGAAUGAUUGUUUCACUGUUUUGGGUUGUUAUACUCCCUUUAACAUCUGCAGGAGAAGACUUAUCAGGCGUCUCACAGCUUUAAUGAAGUUUGAUAGUGUAGUUUUGCUCUAAAGAGAUUCG